CACUUGGGAAUGUAUUUAUUUUAAAAUGGUUCUGUUUUUAUCUCAAUAUUUCUAGAUGGAUAAGUAUGUAUUAAUCCCCAAAAGUUCUAAAUAGAUAAAUAUUUGUUCACUACAAUCUGUGUAGACGGAUAGAUAAGUAUAAAUCCAAUAUUUGUAGAUGGAUAAAUAUGUAUUUAUCUCGAACCCACUACCUAUGGGGGACUGGUGUACCAGAAGGUUCAAGAUUGACCAGCUUGAUUCUGAACAAUCCUCUGGAACUCAGUUUAGCUCCGUGAUUCUCAAAACAAGAGAGUUGAUGUUUCAUAUCCCGGACAUACUGGUUUCCCCGUGUAUAGAAACAAACUCUGUUAUGGUUGUCGGCAGGAAGGAUGUUUAUCUCAACCCUAACUUUAUUUCAAGAUGCAGUAAACUGAACCUGGUUGACAGUGGUUCUGUUUAUCCAGGAAACAGUGGGAAUAUACUCUCCUCGUGUCUCAAGUAUACUCUGACUGGUCGACUGUCUCCUCUCUGGAACUCUGUUGGAAAAUGGUUUUUUUCCGGCAAGCACUUUUUACACUCCAAGGAUCCGAUCAAUGGAAUAUUACUUGAUAUCAAUAUUGCCGGAAAUGUUGUUGAAAUGAUCAUCUCCUCUGAAACCUUCAAGAUGAACCUGCUUCAACCUUCAGAACUAAACCUAUCGAAAAAGAAAGUAGAAGAGUUCAUGAGUGGAGAUGAAAAUGAGGUUUUGUACACCGAACAUUUUGGAAACAAGCGGGUCAAAGUUUUGCCGAAUCUAAGCUCAGCUUCCCUUGUCUCUAUCACGAAGAAGCUUCCAGAGAAUACUCAGUUUAAGGAUUGGAGUGAGAUGCGUAGGUACUGGAAGAAUAUGUACGGGUACAGACUAACCGAAGAUGAUAGCUCCGAGCCUAUGGUUUACUAUAAUGUACGGUUCAGAAGUACGGGCAGUAUUCUCACGUACCCAGAGUGGACGGUUAGAUCAGAUAACCCUUCUCCAGUACGACGGGUUGACCCAAAACCAGCAAUUCUACUCUUCCUCCAAUCCGUAGCUUAUAAACUCAAGUGA